AUGAGCGUCGGAGCGAAUGGAGGCCGUUUUGAUUUUGAUGACGGCGGUACUUAUUGUGGAGGAUGGAAUGAUGGUAAAGCACAUGGACACGGUGUAUGUACAGGUCCGAAAGGACAAGGUGAAUAUGCGGGCGCAUGGCAAUAUGGUUAUGAAUUUUCUGGCAUUUAUUUAUGGACGUCAGGAAAUUCAUAUGAAGGUCAAUGGAUGAGUGGAAAGCGACAUGGAUUGGGUGUUGAAAGGAAAGGAAGAUGGAUUUAUAAAGGCGAAUGGACACAAGGUUUUAAAGGACGAUAUGGUGUUCGAGUCUCGGAUAUUUCAGGUGCUAGAUAUGAAGGUACAUGGGCAAAUGGUUUACAAGAUGGUUAUGGUAUUGAAAUAUAUGCAGACGGUGGUAUUUAUCAUGGUCAGAUACAGCAAGGACUUCGUCAUGGUUUUGGUAUACGACGAAGUGUACCUUAUGGUUUAGCAUCACGAUAUCGAUCAAAAGAUGUACGAGAUUCUUUAACAUCACUUCGUUCAGAAGAUGAUGAAGAACGAAUACAACGUGAACGAGAUAAACGUAUGGAUGAAAAUCGUGGUGGAUUUGUUCUUCGUUCAAAAUCAGAUACAUAUGAGCCAUCAUCAGCACGUAGUGUUAGUCAAGGUCCACAUCGUGGUUCACUAUCAAAUAGUGCUGAUCGUCGUCAUUCAUUACGUAAAACACUUUUAGCAAAAUUACGUAAACAAAAAUCAACGAGUGAUAUUGAAGAUCUAACACCUAAAAAGAAAACAAGUUCAUUUCGCUCAACAGCAAGUUCAACAAGUGGAGAUUCAAAACAUUCAGUUAAAACAUCAACAAUGAUUGCAUCACAUGGUCAUACACCCAGUUCCAUGGCUGCAUUUGAUGAUGGUGAUCAAUCAUUUAUAUCCCAAGAUGAUAUACUUGAUAAUAAUGUUGUUGAAACUUAUAUGGGAGAAUGGAAAAGUGAUAAACGUACUGGUUUCGGUAUUGCUGAACGAUCUGAUGGUUUAAAAUAUGAAGGUGAAUGGUUUAAUAAUAAGAAGAAUGGUUAUGGAGUAACAACAUUUCGUGAUGGUACAAAGGAGGAGGGAAAAUAUAAAAAUAAUAUUUUAGUAAAUGAUAAACGUAAACCAAGUAAAUUAUUUUUACUUCGUUCAUCAAAAUUUCGUGAUAAAAUCGAUACGUCUCUUAAUAAUUCGAUGAAAUCAGCAACAAAUGCUCAACAAAAGGCUGAAAUAGCCAUGGCUAGAGCAAAUAAUGCUCGUUCCAAAGCACAUUCAGCAGAAAUCUAUGCGAAACAAGCGCGAAGUGAUAGUGUUGAAGCUCGUGUAAGUGCAAAACUAGCUGCACCUGAUUUCCGACAACCAGGAGAAGAUAAACCACAAACAUACAUACCGUUAGAUAUUGAUCGACAAUCUGAUGGAAAACUAGUUACAAGUACUCCCAUUAAUGUCUGUGUACCUAAUGGUCGUUUACCAGUACCAUCAAACUUUGUACCUAAUACUUCAAUGUCAUUACCAUCAAAUUUCUCUCAACAACAUAAACCUAAUCUAGUAACAUCAUCAGCUCAAAUACUUGAUGGUGGUGUUUAUCAAGGUCAACCACCUUCAAGGCAAACAAAUAAUUGGAAUCCAAAUAUAAAGAUGACUGAGUCACCAUUGCCUAUGCAACAACAAGAACAUCAAAAUCAACAUCAACAUCCAGAUUAUUAUCAACAAUCUAAUAGAAAUAUGACAUCAGCACAAUAUAAUAAUAUGCCCGAUUCACAAACAGGUAUUUCCGUGUCUAAUCAAUAUUCUCAUUUAACUCAACCUAUAUCUGCUAAUCAUUCGAUAUAUGGAAAUUCAAGUUUUGAUGAUGAUCAUACUACAACAAUGUCGGCUAGUUUUGAUUCAUCAUCAUCACCAGUUCCACCUCCUGCACAAUUCGUAGCAAAUCCCGCUGGUAUGGGUUCACGUUCAGUACCUAAACGAUCGACAUUUAUAAGAACACGUCAUUUCGAUGCAUCAACAGAUGAUUUAGCUCACGAUCAACAACAACAACAACAACAGCAACAGCAACAGCAACAACAACAAUAUGAAAAUAUUCAUUCUUCCUCCAAUCUUCAUGCUCCUCAAGCUAUACGUCAUUCAUCGAAUUCUCGUACGAGAGUAACACCGACGAAGUCAGGAAAUAAUUUUAAUAUCCGACCUCAACUUGUUCAUGGUACUUUCGAUUCUCGAAAUUCAAGUGGUCAUGAUUCAGGUUUGAGUUCUGGUGGUACUAGUUUUGAUCCUGAACAACAUCAUAUAUAUAAUCCAAAUAAUCAAACAAAUCCAAUAAGAUCAGCUACACCAAGUAUUGACGUUUAUGAUGUUCCACAACCAGUUCCUCUUCCAAAACGAAAAUCUUUACCAAGUAUUGUUAAAACAAAUGCUGAUGCUUAUAAAAUCGAUGAAACAGCUCGAUCAAGUGACAAUUUAAAAGAAAAAGAAACAUUUAUCAUUGAAAAUGGUAUACGUAAACGUGUUACAGCACAAGCACCAGUAUAUACAGAAAGUGGUUCACUCAUACCAGAAGCAUCCUUGAUGACAAGUAGUAGUGGUUCACCAAUACUUGCUCAUCGUGUUAUUCUUGAAAGUGUUACAAAAUUAGAUAAACCAACAUCAACAACAAAUAGUACUGGUGGAAAUAAACGUGGUAGUAUGCCAACAGUUGUCAAUAUUGCUCGACAUCGACAAGAAGCUCCUAGUAUAUCAAGAGAAGAAGCAACAAAACUUGGCUCUCAACGGCGAGAAGAAUUACGCCGUCAACGUGAUUUUGAUUCAACAGCUAUUGGUCGCGUGAAAGGAUUAUUACAAAGAUUAAGACUUGAUUUGCAUGUGCAUGUUUUGCAGUGUACUAUUCCUGCUACUGAUCCAACUAUCACCACCAAUAUGCAUGUAUCUACCCAAGAGAUAUCGAUACAAACUGAUGAUUAUCUUGAUGGCAUUCAGAAUGUCAUCUAUCGAAAUCGAGUGUUUAUUGCCAUAUUUUUUCUAAACUUAUCCCUUGCUCUUUGGUUUAUUCAAUUGUUAAGAUGA